AUGAAACCCUACUUUCGCCCUGCCGCCACGGCCGCCGCCGAUCUUGCGCUGAGCUGGCGCCCCGUGUUGCAGGAAUCUCUCAUGGAGCCCCGGGUCUCGGCCGCCACCGUCAGGAUCUACUGCAUUGAUGCGAGGGAAGAGCUUUGGCCGCGGGCUAAAGAUGUCCAGCUCGAGGUGACGACUGGCGGCGCGUUUCUCAUGGCCCACGGGUACAUUUCUGUUGCGCUCCUGUGGUUCAUGGGCAUGCGCGAGACGCUCCUGGACGUCCUGGGCAAGAACGAGGGCGACCCCUCCGUGGCCGUCCGAGACUAA